UCUAUUUUUCUGUGAUUUCUUUAAUCCUCGUGACCCGCGACGUCUUCCCUUUUGGCUACUUCGAAUCCGGCCUCCCUCUUUAAUGCCGUCCGAUUAGAUCUCGACAUCUCGUCACGGAGGAGACCAGAAAAGCGGAACCCAACGCUGGCAGCAGCGGCGGCGGCGGCGGAGGCAGCAGCCGACGAGGAAGAAGGAGAGCAGAUUGUGUUGCUCGCUGCUGUCGGUGAAUAGGGUUUGAUUUCUUUAUUUGCUCUCUCGCCCGCUCAUUGUGCGGGUGGGGCAUUCGACUUCGUGCCGACCACAUUUGGGCCUGGAUUUCGUCUUCUCGGUUUCCAAGGCGGUGACUUCGUUGCCUGAUCUCUCAUUUUCGUUCCGACCACAAGUUCCCACCUCUCGAUCUGUUUCUCCUCUUCUGGAGGCGUCCAGUAGUGAAACAAAUCUCGUGCUAUAAUCUCUCUUGUGGUUACCAGAAGAUUCCUCCUUUCAGCAACAAGCGUUUAUAUGAAUCCUUCCGGGACUUCAUCUAAAGACUUCUUUUUUCUGGUCGGCAGGAUUAAUGUAGCAUGAAGUUUGUUGUUCUUUAGAAUCAUCUCCGCUUCUGUUGGAAGGUAGAAAAUUAGCGAGCUGAAUCAACGGCAGGUGGUGCACAAGGAGGAAAUGGCUAUUGAUAAUCCCUCUGCAACAAUACAAGUUACUAGACCAAGCCAAUCGUCCUUUAGCUCCAGCAGUGACAAUAUGACACCUUUGCACGUCUCUGCUGCCAGCGUAAAUGGGGAUGGUUAUGACAGUGAUGGAUCCUAUUUUGCUCCUCCCACACCUACAACUUUAUCAAUGGCUCUACCUGCCGAGCUUGCUGGGGCUAUAUCUUUAAUCGAUAGGUUCCAGGUUGAGGGAUUUGUGCGAUCCAUGCAGAAACAGAUCCAAUCUGCUGGAAAACGUGGGUUUUUCUCCAAAAAAUCUGUAGGUCCUCAAGUUCGUAAAAAGUUCACGUUGGAAGAUAUGCUUUGUUUUCAAAAGGAUCCAAUACCUACUUCGCUCCUCAAAAUAAGCAGUGACCUGGUGAGCCGUUCUGUGAAGUUAUUCCAGAUGAUCUUAAAGUACAUGGGAAUUGAUUCUUCUGAUAAAAUAAUGCCAUUGAGUGUUGAAGAAAGUGUAGACCUUGUUGCAAAAAUCUAUAAGCAUACUCUGAAGCGUUCUGAACUUCGAGAUGAACUUUUCGUCCAGAUUUCAAAGCAAACUCGUAAUAAUCCUGAUAGCAAGUCUCUAGAAAAAGCUUGGGAGCUUAUGUACAUAUGUGCUUCUGCCAUGCCACCAAGCAAGGAUAUUGGAGCAUACUUAUCAGAAUAUGUUCAUUAUGUGGCUCAUGGGUUGAACUAUGAGCCUACCAUACAAACCCUUGCUUUGAAUACAUUGAAUGCAUUGAAAUGUUCUGUAAAGGCUGGACCUAGAUUAGCCAUACCUGCACGCCAGGAGAUUGAAGCUCUGUUGACCGGCAAAAAGCUUACAACAAUAGUAUUUUUUCUAGAUGAAACUUUUGAAGAAAUUACUUAUGACAUGGCAACAACUGUUGCUGAUGCUGUAGAGGAACUUGCUGCAAUUAUCAAACUAUCAGUUUAUUCCAGUUUCAGUCUAUUCGAGUGCCGAAAAGUUGUCAAUGGUUCAAAAUCUUCUGAUACUGGAAAUGAGGAAUACUUGGCUUUAGAUGAUAACAAGUAUAUUGGCGAUUUAUUGGCUGAAUUCAAGGCAGCUAAGGAUCGUAGUAAAGGAGAGAUUUUGCAUUGCAAACUUAUCUUCAAGAAACGAUUAUUCCGUGAAUCAGAUGAAGCUGUAGCUGACCCAAUGUUUGUACAAUUGUCGUAUGUACAGUUACAACACGAUUAUAUGCUUGGAAAUUAUCCUGUUGGAAGAGAUGAUGCUGCUCAGCUGUCCGCCUUACAAAUUUUGGUUGAGAUUGGGUGUAUUGAGCACCCUGAUUCAUCUAUUGAGUGGAUAUCACUUUUUGAAAGAUUUCUUCCUAGACAAAUUGCUAUUACACGUUCGAUGCGAGAGUGGGAGCUUGACAUCAUAUCUCGCUAUCGAUCCAUGGAGCACUUGUCAAAAGAUGAUGCUAAACAACAGUUCCUUAGAAUCUUGAGAACUCUUCCUUAUGGGAAUUCUGUUUUCUUCAGUGUACGGAAGAUAGAUGAUCCUAUAGGCCUGCUACCUGGACGAAUUAUUUUAGGAAUUAAUAAGCGAGGGGUUCAUUUUUUCCGUCCAGUGCCAAAGGAGUACUUGCACUCUGCAGAAUUAAGAGAUAUUAUGCAGUUUGGUAGUAGCAAUACUGCAGUAUUUUUCAAGAUGAGGGUUGCUGGUGUUCUCCACAUUUUUCAGUUUGAAACUAAACAGGGUGAGGAAAUAUGUGUAGCGCUUCAGACACAUAUAAAUGAUGUGAUGCUUCGUCGAUAUGCAAAAGCCCGCUCAGCUACUGUUGGAGCUGUUCAGGGUGAUUUUUCUCAUUCUGGUAAAGCACCAUCCUUAGAUAUGCACGAAAAGCGCAUUCAAGAGUUGUCCAAAUCAAAUGAAGAAUCACAAAAGAAUGUUGAUAGAUUGUUACAAGAGUUGCAUUCAAGAGAGAAACAACAAUUAGAGAUGCAGGAGGAAUUAGAAAUGCUUAAAGAAUCAUUGAAGUCAGAGAGGCAACAUCUAAGAGAUCUAACUUGUGAUUAUGAAAAACUCAAACCAUUAUUUGAUGAAAAAGAUUCUGCAUUGCAGUCUUCAUUGGUGGAUAAAAGUAGUUUGGAGGCUGAACUAGCAAGAAUGAGAAUUAAAGAGCAUUCUCAAGUUCAAUACAAUCAUGAAGAAUGUGUUGAUACCAAGAUGUUGAAAAAAACACAAGAGGAUUUAAAAGCAUGCAUUAAGGAGUUGCAUGGAUCAAAAGAAAACUAUAACAGUUUGCUGAAGGAGAAAUCUUUGCUUGAACAAAAGAUCCAAAACCUUAUGGAAAAGAACAGUGAUGAGAAGAAUGAUCUAGAAAAAAAAUUCACAGAGGAGAAAAGGAUACUCAAGAUACAUAUUAAAGAAUUGGAGCAAAAAUUACAAAGUGCCAUACACGAUGUGAAUAUUGCUAAUGCCACUAUCACCAUAAGAAACUCAGAGGUAGAUGAAUUACAAAAUAAUUUAAGAGAGCUGGAAGAAUUGCGAGAAUUCAAAGAGGAUAUUGAUCGGAAGAAUGAACAAACUGCUUCCAUUUUAAAGAGACAAGGAGCACAAAUCAUUGAGUUAGAAGCACUUUACAAGGAAGAGCAAAUUUUACGGAAGAGAUAUUAUAAUACGAUUGAAGAUAUGAAAGGGAAGAUAAGAGUGUAUUGUCGUUUGCGCCCUUUAAAUGAGAAGGAGAAUAUUGAAGGGGAAAAGGCUAUAGUUUCUGCUCCUGAUGAGUUUACAUUGGCACAUCCUUGGAAGGAUGAAAAAUCGAAACAACAUAUCUAUGAUCGUGUGUUUGACGAAAGUGCAUCUCAGGAUGUAGUUUUUGAAGAUACAAAGUAUUUGGUGCAAUCUGCUGUUGAUGGGUACAAUGUUUGCAUAUUUGCAUAUGGUCAAACUGGGUCUGGAAAAACAUACACGAUCUACGGUUCUGAAAGCAAUCCUGGGCUUACUCCAAGAGCAACUGCCGAACUUUUUAGAGUCAUAAAGCAUGAUAGCAACAAAUACUCUUUUGCCUUAAAGGCUUAUAUGGUUGAACUGUAUCAGGAUACUCUGGUGGAUCUAUUGUUACCUAAAAAUGCAAAGCGCUUGAAGUUAGAAAUAAAAAAGGAUUCAAAGGGUUUGGUCUCAAUUGAGAAUGUGACAAUAUUGCAAAUUUCUAACUUUGAUGAACUAAAGGCUAUUAUCUCAAGAGGAUCAGAUAAACGACAUACUGCUGGGACACAAAUGAACGAUGAAAGUUCCAGAUCACAUCUAAUACUAUCAAUUAUUAUUGAAAGUACCAAUCUUCAAACUCAAUCUCUUGCUAGAGGAAAGCUUAGUUUUGUGGAUCUUGCUGGUUCAGAAAGGGUUAAGAAGUCUGGUUCUUCAGGAAAUCAAUUGAAAGAAGCGCAAAGUAUCAACAAGUCUCUCUCAGCUCUUGCAGAUGUGAUUGGUGCUUUAUGUUCGGAUGGACAACAUAUACCAUACAGAAACCAUAAACUCACAAUGCUUAUGAGUGAUUCCCUCGGCGGCAAUGCAAAGACUUUGAUGUUUGUGAAUGUAUCUCCAGCAGAAUCAAACUUGGAUGAGAGCUAUAACUCUUUAACGUAUGCAUCGAGGGUUCGAUCAAUAGUGAAUGAACCGAGCAAGAACGUCUCCUCGAAAGAGGUUGCGCGUUUGAAAAAGCUGGUGACUUAUUGGAAAGAACAAGCAGGAAAGCGAGGGGACGACGAAGAACUAGAGGAGAUUCAAGAAGAGCGAAAUUCGAAAGACAAAUCUGAAGGUGGUGGUCGGCUUUUCACUUAAAAUGUAACAUGUCUCCCCCAUUGCUUCAGUUUUCCCUACAGCACAGUUAAAAUGUUCUACAAAGUCGAUGUACAGCCAAAAGACUACACUAGUUAGAUCUCAAUUAUAAGAGAAGAGAUGAUACUGCCCUUCUUUUCAAGUCAGAAAAUAUCAGUUAGAAAAACCGUAAAAAUAUGAUAUGUUAUGUAACAAGUUGUUAGGCGAGUUAGAUUUAAAAGACAUUUGAGUUCAUAUGUCAAUAGAACACUAGUUUAAGGUACAAA